AUGGCAAAUGCUCAAUAAUUUUCUCUCUUUCUAAAUUUCCUGUCUGAUGCCCACACUUGUCAGGGUAUGGCACAAGGAUUUUCAUUGCCAUUGAAGCUAAAUACCUCAUCUUGGGCUUGCCUUUCCUGCCCUUCCAUGUCCUCCAGCAUCUGUAGGACACAGUGGUGAUGUCUCUCUCCUGAUGAAACUCUUCUGCCCUCCCUGGCGUGCGUCCGUGGUGACGAAGCACGGUCCAAUCCCUCGCCACUUCCAGCUGCCCAGUUUCCAGGAAUUUGCUUCAACAGAAGGCAGGGUCUGCUCAGACGGUGUUUGAGCGGUUCGGCCGCGGGAACUGGACUUUUGCGUUCCCUUCCCAGUGCGCGUCUGACGGACCACUUUCUCUACUGAGAGCUUUCCAAAUGGCUUCCAUGAUGGUGUGUCAGGGAGCAGUCAGCCUGAUCAGUGGAUGAUGGCUGGGUACUCCACCUCCCCAUUUUCUGAAAGCUAGGCAGACCCCACCAGGGCUUCUGUGUCCCUUACUAAGCCUGUCCUCCCCCAAGAGGGAGCCUGUCCUGUCUCCAUGUGGCCCCGUGGUGCUGUUGGCAUUCUCUUAGUCUCUGCUCAUCUGCUGUGCCCUGGGCCCAGCUCCUGCACCUGGUGGUGUUUAUCUGCUCGAGGGAAACUGAGUCAGAACGUGUUGAGCCUCUCCUCACUGGCGAUUCACUGGCCUUUGGAGCCCUCUCACUCUCCCUGGACGUGUUGAGACCCACUUUGUUGAUGUCACGGGUUCAGGCCCAACUCUGCCCAGCAUUCCCUCCGGGAUGUCAUGGGCAGCUUCUUCCGAGGCCCCUUCUGGGCCACUUCACUUCAUCUGUGAAAAGCCUCAAGACACUUCUCCUGUGAGAUGGGAGGUUGCCUGCAAGUUAUUAAUACCCUAGCUCUUGACUGGAUGAGGCUUCCAGCAGAUGGUGCUUGGAAAGUCUCUUCUUCUCCACUGUCCUCCCCCGCCCCUGUGCUAGCUUAGGAAGAGCUCAGCCCCAGCUCCCUUCCGGCCGAGGGGCCAGGCGCAGUCCCAGGGGCGGUGGUUCGGUCCCUGCUGCCGCCGUCAAGGCCGUACUGGUGCGUGUGCCGUGAUUUUCCUCCGGCACAUUAGCUCGUUUCCUACUUCUUUGAAUUAUAUUACAUCCCCCAAGGCCCUUUUGUGGAAAGGGGAAUAGAGUUCCUCUAGAUUUUUCCCCAGAAGACACCGAGGACUGGCAAAUAAAGCAAGCUGUUGAAUUAGAACUGUGGGAGCGGAGCAUGAAUGCAAGUACGUGACUGAGUGUGGAGCCCCCUCCCCGUCACUGGGAGCCCCCAGCAGGGGCCAAGUGGCUGGCCUUCUGCAGAGCCGUGGGCAGCUUUCACACACACACCACGGAGCCUAGUGUCUCAGGCGCCACAGCUCCAGUGCUUAUCCGCUUCAGCCUAAUGGCGUCCGGCCUCGAUAGCCGCCUGUCCCGGGACUUUAGAUUUUUAUCUGUACUUAAGGUGAAGAAGAGGGAAGAAGAAUGUAGGGGAAAUUUUUGCUUUGCUUUUCUUGUCUCCCUUAGGAUAUAAGCAGCCCAGCCCUGGAUCAAGAAAUGAUAGUCAAGAACAGUAGUUCUCAGUCCUUGUACAUGAGAAUCAUUUGGAGUAGGGGCAGCAGAUGGAUUUUUGUUUGUCGUAGGAUGUGACCGAGGGAAGAUCCUCUUUGUCUCCGAGUCUGUCUUCAAGAUCCUCAACUACAGUCAGAAUGAUCUGAUCGGUCAGAGUUUGUUUGACUACCUGCACCCUAAAGACAUCGCCAAAGUGAAGGAACAGCUCUCGUCCUCAGACACGGCGCCCCGGGAGCGGCUCAUAGAUGCAAAAACUGGACUUCCAGUUAAAACAGAUAUAACCCCUGGGCCAUCUCGAUUAUGUUCUGGAGCACGACGUUCUUUCUUCUGUAGGAUGAAGUGUAACAGGCCUUCAGUAAAGGUGGAAGACAAGGAUUUCCCCUCUACCUGCUCAAAGAAAAAAGCAGAUCGAAAGAGCUUCUGCACCAUCCACAGCACAGGGUACCUGAAGAGCUGGCCGCCCACAAAGAUGGGGCUGGACGAGGACAGCGAACCGGACAACGAGGGCUGUAACCUCAGCUGCCUUGUCGCCAUCGGACGCCUGCAUUCUCACAUGGUUCCGCAGCCGGUGAACGGGGAAAUCAGGGUGAAGUCUAUGGAGUAUGUGUCUCGGCACGCGAUAGACGGGAAGUUUGUUUUUGUAGACCAGAGGGCAACAGCUAUUUUGGCAUAUUUACCACAAGAACUUCUAGGCACAUCAUGUUAUGAAUAUUUUCACCAAGAUGACAUAGGACAUCUCGCAGAAUGUCAUAGGCAAGUUUUACAGACGAGAGAAAAGAUUACGACUAACUGCUAUAAGUUUAAAAUCAAAGAUGGUUCUUUCAUCACGCUGCGGAGUCGAUGGUUCAGUUUCAUGAACCCUUGGACCAAGGAAGUCGAAUACAUUGUCUCAACCAACACUGUUGUUUUAGCCAACGUCCUGGAAGGUGGGGACCCAGCCUUCCCGCAGCUCACAGCGUCCCCCCACAGCAUGGACAGCAUGCUGCCCUCUGGAGAAGGUGGCCCAAAGAGGACCCACCCCACUGUUCCAGGGAUUCCAGGGGGAACCAGGGCUGGGGCAGGCAAAAUAGGUCGAAUGAUUGCUGAAGAAAUCAUGGAGAUCCACAGAAUAAGAGGGUCCUCACCUUCCAGUUGUGGCUCCAGCCCAUUAAACAUCACAAGUACACCUCCCCCUGAUGCCUCUUCUCCAGGAGGCAAGAAGAUUUUAAAUGGAGGGACUCCAGACAUUCCUUCUAGUGGCCUACUUCCAGGGCAGGCUCAGGAAAACCCAGGUUAUCCAUAUUCUGAUAGUUCCUCUAUUCUUGGUGAGAAUCCUCACAUAGGCAUAGACAUGAUAGAAAACGACCAAGGCUCAAGCAGUCCCAGUAAUGACGAAGCAGCGAUGGCUGUCAUAAUGAGUCUCUUGGAAGCAGAUGCUGGGCUGGGUGGUCCUGUUGACUUCAGCGACUUGCCAUGGCCGCUGUAAACACUACAUGUUGCUUUGGCAACAGCUACAGUAUCAAAGUGCAUUACUGGUGGAGUUUUACAGUCUGUGAAGCUUACUGGAUAAAGAGAGAACAGCUUUUAUGUACUGUCCUCAUAAGAGCCAUCUCAGAGCCAUUGAUACAAGUCAAUCUUACUAUGUGUAACUUCAGACAAAGUGGAACUAAGCCUGCUCCAGUGUUUCCUCAUCAUUGAUUAUUGGGCUAGCUGUGGAUAGCUUGCAUUAAUUGUAUAUUUUGGAUUCUGUUUGUGUUGAAUUUUUUAAUCAUCGUGCACAGAAGCAUCAUUGGUAGCUUUUAUAUGCAAAUGGUCAUUUCAGAUGUAUGGUGUUUUUACACUACAAAGAAGUCCCCCAUGUGGAUAUUUCUUAUACUAACUGUAUCAUAAAGCCGUUUAUUCUUCCUUGUAAGAAUCCUUUACUAUAAAUAUGGGUUAAAGUAUAAUGUAUUAGACAGUUAAAUAUUUUUAAUAAAUGUUUCCCUUGUUCUAUAAA